CUCGUAUCGGUUUCUCUCCCGUUAUCAAUCGGUCCGGUUGCCGCGCUUCAAGAGUUGAUCAGCUCGUGCUUCUCGUGCGUUCCCAGUGGGGUGGUAUUUUAUGUACAACAUCGAAGCAAUGUUUGGAACGAAGUCGCCUGUUAUAUUGUAAACACAGAGAGGGCCUCCCAUUCGCGUGGUGUUCCGAUAGUGCAAUUGUGAGCAUAAAAGGUGAGCGGGAACAAACUGCUCUCGUGGCUGCGAGUGACUGAGAGUUCGGGAGAGAUAUCCGUGUGAACCUUAAUAAAUCAUAAAAGCAUAAAGUUUUUAAGGUGAUUCGUCAGUUUCAAUUACGGGAGAGUCGAAGUGUGAAUGCACACGAGGUGCUGGAGCAGAGUUUGCUUGAUUGGCCCGAGUGAGUGGUAAAGUGAGUGAGUGCAGAGCAAAAGAGACCUCCGCAAGAGCAACGAUAUACACGCGAUAAAACAAGGUGCAAAGAAGGUAAAUUGUUGUUUGAAAUUGAAACCCCAGUGGCGGCAACAUAAUCCUCUGGUCUGGUUGGUUGCAAUCAGUCUGUUCUGUGGCUCCGUUAGUGUCGCGUGCUUUUGGUGGUAUGCUCCUCCCUUUUCCGGUCGGUGUGCUAUCCUGAAGGGACUCUGGCUGGUGUACUGGUUUUGAAUUAAGCAGACUAUCUAAUCGGUACUUAGUGGUUGGUCGGAAGUUGUGAAAUUGGUGUCUCGAGAGGCGAUUGAUAAGGGAGCGAAGAAUUUCAAGUGACUGUGUUGAACUUUCGAAAAAGUUGCCACCAUUUUUCCCUUCGACAUCUUCAACCUGUACUCCGCCGAUCUGGAGCAACGGAGCAGCUCGCUGAGCCUGGAGGCAAACUGCCUUAAAAGGCGAAAAUGUAACAGCGAUAUGGAACGGGAACGUGAUCGAGAUCGUGACCGUGAGCGAGCGGAGCGCGCAUCGGUCGGAGGAGAGCGCGACGUGAAGCCCUCGCUGGAGCCGCGAGACCUUUCGGCAACGAGGCUGUUUUCCGCGACGCAGAUCAAAAUUAGCACUUCCCCCACCACGUCACCGACGAUUUCCAACUCGUCCUCGCCGACACCGACGCCACCGAUACCGGCCGUCUCGCCCGCAGUCUCCGGCGUGGGCAGCGGGUACCAUCACUCGAACCACAAGCAGAUUACGGGCAUUCCGUGCGUGGCCGCCGCCUCCAAGUACACAGCCCCGGUGCACAUCGAUGUCGGCGGCACGAUCUACACCAGCUCGCUGGAAACGUUGACAAAAUAUCCAGACUCUCGGCUCGCAAAGCUCUUCAACGGCUGCAUCCCUAUUGUUUUGGACUCGCUCAAGCAGCACUACUUCAUCGACCGCGACGGGGGCAUGUUUCGGCACAUUCUGAACUUCAUGCGCAACUCAAAGCUCCUGGUCGCGGACGAUUUUCCUAAUCUCGAUCUUCUCCUAGAGGAAGCCAAAUAUUUCGAUAUUGUUCCUAUGAUCAAACAAAUUGAGCAGAUAAAAAAGGAACGAACACGCAGUGGGAAUGGACUGUCCCCGUUUGGGAGUAGCCGGCAGAGAAGUAAAUCGGCCUGCCCACAGGAUUCGACCCACGAUGUAGUGGCUCUGCACAUUUCUCCGGAUUUGGGCGAAAGGAUUUUGAUCUCAGCUGAACGAGCCAUUCUGGACGAAGUGUUCCCCGAGACCAACCAGGCCAUCCUGGAUGCCCGGACUGGCGCUGCAUGGAAUCAGUUCGACGGCAGACAAGUCAUCCGGUUUCCCCUGAAUGGAUACUGCAAGCUGAACUCGAUUCAGGUGUUAACGCGUCUCUUGAAUGCGGGAUUCAACGUAGAGGCAAGCACCGGGGGAGGCGUCGAGACGCAGCAGUUCUCCGAGUAUUUACUCAUCCGCAAAAGUUCAAUGUGAUAAUCUAAGUUAAACUACUAGAAAGAAAGUAAGUAAGAGGUAGAAAGUGAAAUGCUCAAUGGAUCUUUCAAACUGAAUUAAAUGUUUGAAACAUGUUUUAGCUAACUUUUAGCGAGCUGCGCUUAUUUUUAUUUAUUCUUACAUGUAACAGUCGAAUGAGUCGACCAACAUGGAAACGAAAUGAACUAUGUCCAUUUUAAUGUAGUAUCAAAGUGAACUAUACGAUCGUCAUAGGAAACUGAUAAACAGUGGAAAACAGUUGUUUAAUCAAGAAACUCUUCACUAUUAACGUGCAUAAAUAAGGCAUCUAAUUGAGAAUUAGUGUAAUUAGAAAAUUCAAAAAGAAGUGAGCUGAGAAUAUGAUCACACUUUAUGUUACCUCUUUUAAGUAAGUGACAUUGGCACGAAACUAAUAAAAAAUCUUCAUCUCUUA